AUGCUGCUGUUCUUCCGUAAAAGGAAACCCAGUGAUGAGGCCCGGAAGCGCCUUGAAUACCAAAUGUGCCUGGCAAAAGAAGCUGGUGCUGAUGACAUUCUUGAUAUAUCUAAAUGUGAACUCUCCGAGAUUCCUUAUGGCGCUUUUGCAACAUGUAAAGUUUUGCAAAAAAAGGUGCUGAUUGUUCAUACAAAUAAUCUAACAUCUCUGGUUCCAAAGUCCUGCAGUCUCCUGAAUCUCAUAACUGUGAAGGUUUUAGAUCUCCAUGACAACCAGCUGACAUCGCUUCCUGAUGAUAUUGGCCAGCUGACAUAUCUCCAGGUCCUAAACAUUGAAAGGAAUCUCUUAAAAUCUCUUCCACGGUCUAUAGGGGACCUCGCCCAGCUCCAGACCCUCAAUGUGAAAGGUAAUAAGCUGAAGGAACUGCCUUCUACCCUGGGUGACCUGCGCAGCUUGCGCACCCUUGAUGUCAGUGAGAACCUGCUGCAGGAAUUGCCCCAGGCGCUGGCUCACAUCCGCACGCUGGAGACUCUGACACUGGAUGCUUCGUCCAUGAUCUACCCGCCAUAUGAUGUUUGCAGUGCUGGCACAGAGUCUGUCCAGCAGUUCCUGUGCAAAGAGUCGGGAAUCAAAUACUGCCCUCCCUCCCAGUAUCUUCUUCCGGUGCUGGAAAGUGAUGGAGGAGAAACAUCAGUGGAUGGUGUCGACAGACGUGUGCAUAAAUACAUGGAGGAAGAGAGCGAGUGGCAGAACAAAUUCUUGGAUUAUGAGAAGAGGAAGGAAGAGAAGAUGCUGGAGAAGCUGGAGUUCGAGCGUCGCCUGGACGUGGGGCAGAGGGAGCAUGCUCAGCUUCUUCAGCAGAGCAGCAGUCAGAAGGAGGAGAUUCUGCAGACUGUGAAGAAGGAGCAGGUGAGGCUGGAGAAAGGUCUGACAAAGCAUCAGCGCAACCUGGAGGGAGAGCACCUGAAGCUGCUGGAGCAACUGAAGCAAACGGAGCAGGGCAUUGCCAGCCGAAUUCAGAAGCUUCUGGAGGAGAAUCGGAGGCAGAAACAAAGUUCAGAAAUUUUGAAAUCCCUGGAGAACGAAAGAAUAAGGAUGGACCAGCUGAUGGCAAUAACGCAGGAGGAGACAGAGCAGCUACGCAGCAGGGAAGUGGCCUCUGCCAUGCAACAAAUGCUGGCUGAGAGCUACAAGAACAAGCUCAUCCACAUGACCUCCGAAUCUCGAAGGCAAGACCUCGUCAACCAGGCCUGCUCCAGCCUGGCAGAGAUGGAUCAGAAGUUCCAACAAAUCCUGGCUUGGCAACAGCUGGAUCAGAACAAGGCCACUAGUCAGAUCCUGGAGGAGAGUGAAAUGCAGAAAGCGGCCUUUGAAGCCCUUCAGGUGAAGAAGGAUCUCUUGCACCGGCAGAUCAGGAACCAGAUUAAGUUAAUAGAAACAGAGUUAUUGCAGCUGACACAGCUGGAGUUAAAGAGGCAAGAACUGGACACAGAGACACUGCAGGAGGUGAUCACAGAGCAACGCCGAGCCCUGAGCUACAUGCUGCAGCAGCUGCUCAAGGAGAAGAAGCAAAGGGAAGAGGAACUGCAACAAAUCCUGCUGGAGAUGGAGGCAAAAAGUGAAACGAAGCAGGAGAACUACUGGCUGAUCCAGUAUCAGCGCCUGCUGAACCAGAAACCUCUCUCACUGAAACUCCAGGAGGAGGGCUUGGAGAGGCAGCUGAUAAACCUGCUAAUCGAGCUGUCGGCUGAACAGUAUGUACCAAUCUUUGCCCAUCAUCGGCUGUCGCUGGAAAUGCUCAGCACCAUGACCCUCAGCGACCUGGCAAAGAUUGGAAUCACAGAAACUGGCCUGCAGCGCGCGAUCCUCAGGCGAGCCCAGGAGAUCCUGGCUGUGGCUAAAACAAUCCCAGAGCUGCUGAAGAGCACUGAGACCAAGGGCCCUGCUGCCCCAGAGCCGAGCGCCCCCCCUGAAGAAAUCCUCCCUUCUGCACCCCAGCUGGAGCUGGACGAGAGGAAGUCUGAGUGCGUGGUCUGCAUGGAGCAGGAGGCCCAGAUGAUCUUCCUGAACUGUGGCCAUGUGUGCUGCUGCCAAACAUGCUGCGAGACCCUGCGCAUCUGCCCCCUCUGCCGCAAAGACAUCGUGCAGCGCAUCCGCAUCUUCCACAGCAGCUAGCCAGGGAGCAGCUGCUGGGCUCUUGGGGCUGGAGGUGCCAUCAGCUGGGAAGGCCUGCUGCCCGAGG